ACCGCCAGCCCUUUGACUCCUCUCUCCUCCUGAAAGCAGCAGCACAUCUCUGCACUCCAACUUCUCCGCGGCUUUACCUACAGACAGAUAUUCACCACCGCCAUGUCUGCUGGAAAUGCUCAGAUUGGCAAGCCUGCACCCAAUUUUAAGGCCACAGCUGUUGUGGACGGGCAGUUUAAGGACAUUCAGUUGUCAGACUACAAAGGAAAGUAUGUGAUCUUCUUCUUCUACCCUCUGGACUUCACAUUUGUGUGCCCUACUGAGAUCAUAGCCUUCAGCGACAGGGCAGAGGAGUUCCGCAAAAUUGGGUGCGAAGUUAUCGGCUGCUCCGUGGACUCUCAGUUCAGUCACUUGGCAUGGAUCAACACACCUAGAAAGCAGGGAGGUCUGGGUAGCAUGAAGAUUCCUCUUGUGGCAGACCUCACCAGGUCGAUCUCAAGAGACUACGGAGUGCUGAAGGAGGACGAUGGCAUUGCAUUCAGGGGUCUGUUUGUGAUUGAUGACAAGGGCAUCUUGAGGCAGAUCACCAUCAAUGACUUACCUGUGGGUCGCUCUGUGGAUGAGACUCUGCGUCUGGUCCAGGCCUUCCAGCACACUGACCAACACGGAGAGGUGUGCCCUGCCGGCUGGAAACCUGGAAGUGACACCAUGAUCCCCGACGUAGAGAAGAGCAAAGCGUACUUCUCCAAGCAGUAAAUGUGAAGGUCUUCCGGCUGACUUAUAGCACUUGCCUUCAGAUGAGAGGAGCCCCUGUAAAGCAGUCUCUCAUGGCGUCCAGUCUAAUCCGUUAAACUCAGCAAGAAUGUCACUACUUGUUAUGACGGAGCACAUGACAGUUGCAGCUCUUAAUCUUUAUAUGUCCACUUUGCAGUUGUUAGGGCAACCACAUAGUCUCAAGCACUGAAACAAUAGUUGUUUUGUUCAUUUAUCAAAAAAGUAUUGCUAUUUUUUUCCUUGCUGUCAUGAAUAAUUCAUAAUACCAUCUUUUAUUAAAGCUGUGGGGGGAAAAAUGUGA